AUGAUAGCCGCACAGCUUCUGGCCUACUACUUCACCGAGCUGAAGGAUGACCAGGUCAAAAAGAUUGAUAAGUACCUGUACUCCAUGCGCUUCUCUGAUGAGACGCUGCGAGACAUCAUGUCCCGUUUCCGUAUGGAGAUGGAGAAGGGACUGGGCCGUGACACCAACCCCACAGCCACCGUCAAGAUGCUGCCCACCUUCGUCAGGUCCAUCCCUGAUGGAUCAGAGAAAGGAGAUUUCAUUGCUCUGGAUCUGGGUGGCUCCAAUUUCCGAAUCCUGCGUGUAAAAGUCUCUCAUGAGAAAAAGCAGACGGUGCAAAUGGAGAGUCAGAACUACGAGACCCCAGAGGACAUCAUCCAUGGCAGUGGAUCACGGUUGUUUGACCAUGUUGCAGAAUGCCUGGGGGACUUCAUGGAGAAGCAAAAUAUCAAAGACAAGAAACUUCCAGUUGGAUUCACUUUCUCUUUCCCCUGUGCUCAUACUAAACUGGAUGAGGCUGUUUUGCUGACUUGGACAAAACGUUUUAAAGCCAGUGGAGUGGAGGGAAUGGAUGUGGUCAAGCUUCUGAACAAAGCCAUUAAAAAGCGAGGGGACUAUGAUGCAGAUAUCAUGGCAGUUGUUAAUGACACUGUAGGAACCAUGAUGACCUGUGGCUUUGAUGACCAGCGCUGUGAAGUUGGCAUCAUCAUCGGUACGGGCACUAAUGCAUGCUACAUGGAGGAACUGAGGCACAUUGAUAUGGUGGAAGGAGACGAGGGCAGGAUGUGCAUCAACACUGAGUGGGGAGCUUUCGGAGAUGAUGGCAUGCUGGAGGACAUCCGCACUGAGUUUGAUAGAGAGAUAGACCGUGGAUCCCUCAACCCUGGCAAACAGCUGUUUGAAAAGAUGGUGAGCGGGAUGUACAUGGGGGAGCUGGUGAGGCUUAUCCUGGUGAAGAUGGCCAAGGAGGGGCUACUGUUUGAGGGCCGCAUCACUCCAGAACUCCUGACUAAAGGCAAAUUUGAAACUAAGCACAUUUCUGCCAUUGAGAAGACUAAAGAGGGCCUGACCAAAGCUAAGGAAAUUUUGACCCGCCUGGGUGUGGAGCCGUCGGCAGAUGACUGCAUCGCUGUGCAGCAUGUGUGUGCUAUUGUCUCGUUCCGCUCAGCGAACCUUAUCGCUGCUACGCUGGGUGCUAUCCUUGCUCGCCUGAAGGACAACAAGAACAUACCACGCCUCCGUACCACUGUGGGCAUCGAUGGAUCCCUCUACAAGAUGCAUCCACAGUAUUCCCGCCGGCUGCAUAAGACUGUCCGCCGUCUGGUGCCAGAAUGUGACGUGCGCUUCCUACUCUCAGAGAGUGGGAGUGGGAAAGGUGCUGCCUUGGUGACAGCCUGGGCCUCCCGAUUGGCUGACCAGACCCGUCAGAUUGCUGAGACUCUGGCAGAGUUCCGCCUCACCCAGGAACAGCUGCUAGAGGUGAAGAGGAGGAUGCUCACAGAGAUCCAGAACGGCCUGAGCAAGAAGACUCAAAGCACAGCUACCGUGAAGAUGCUGCCCACCUAUGUCCGCAGCACCCCAGAUGGAACAGAAAAUGGUGACUUCUUGGCUUUGGAUCUUGGAGGCACAAACUUUAGGGUGCUGUUAGUGAAGAUUCGCAGUGGAAAGAGAAGGACUGUGGAGAUGCAUAACAAAAUCUAUGCCAUUCCCAUAGAAGUGAUGCAGGGAACAGGAGAAGAGCUCUUUGAUCACAUCGUUGCCUGCAUAUCAGACUUCCUGGACUACAUGGGCAUGAAGAACGCUCGGCUGCCUUUGGGCUUCACCUUCUCUUUCCCUUGUAGACAAACCAGCCUGGAUGCUGGUAUCCUCGUAACCUGGACAAAAGGUUUCAAGGCUACUGACUGUGAAGGAGAGGAUGUGGUCAACCUCCUGAGGGAGGGAAUUAAAAGGAGAGAGGAGUUUGACUUAGAUGUGGUAGCAGUAGUCAAUGACACAGUGGGGACCAUGAUGACAUGUGCAUAUGAGGAGCCAACAUGUGAGGUCGGCCUUAUUGCAGGAACGGGCAGCAAUGCCUGCUAUAUGGAAGAGAUGAGGAACAUAGAGACUGUGGAUGGUGAUGAGGGCAGGAUGUGUGUGAACAUGGAGUGGGGUGCAUUUGGGGACAGUGGCUGUCUGGAUGAUAUGAGGACCCAGUAUGACAGAGCUGUGGAUGAUCUCUCCCUCAACCCUGGCAAACAGAGAUAUGAGAAGAUGUGCAGUGGAAUGUACCUGGGUGAGAUUGUGCGAAACAUCCUCAUUGACUUAACAAAGCGUGGCUUCCUCUUCAGGGGCCAGAUUUCUGAGACUCUGAAGACUAGGGGCAUCUUUGAAACAAAAUUCUUGUCCCAAAUUGAGAGUGAUCGUCUGGCGCUACUGCAAGUGAGGUCCAUUCUGCAGCACUUGGGUCUGGACAGCACGUGUGAUGACAGUAUAAUCGUGAAGGAAGUGUGUGGUGCUGUGUCACGCCGAGCCGCACAGCUCUGUGGAGCCGGAAUGGCUGCCGUUGUGGACAAAAUCCGGGAGAACCGAGGACUAGACCAUCUGGACAUCACUGUAGGGGUGGAUGGCACGCUCUACAAACUGCAUCCACAUUUCUCCCCGAUAAUGCACCAGACUGUGAAGGAACUCGCCCCCAAGUGCAAUGUGAACUUCUUGCUGUCCGAGGAUGGGAGCGGGAAAGGUGCUGCCCUGAUCACUGCAGUGGGAUGCCGUCUGCGUGAGCAAGAACAAAAAAGCUGAAAGCUGUUUGGGUCAGCUCUUUAGCCCUCUCUCACUCUAACCAAGAGCAGAGAACUCUCCUACUAGAAGCCCUGACGAAGUUCUCCUAGACCUAAUGUCCAGCACAUCCAUCUGCCCACACCUAGUACCAGGGCCUGGGAUGCUCCGUACUUUGUAUUCCACUCCAUUUGAACUACAUGUAUCUGUCAGCCUUUCACGUGUCUAAAUUUAGUGUCCAUGUCUAAGUGUACGUGUGUGCGUGUUUCAUGGAUGAGUUAUCCCUUAUUAUUGAGUCUAUACUACGAUGUUGUAACUCUGCUGUAAACAUUUUAUGGAUGUAUAUUAGCUAAAGGGAAGAAAUUUCAAGGCAAAGUGACAAGACCAAUUAUGUAUACAUAUAAGAAUAUAUUAUUUAUUUUAUUUUUGUAUUCGAGGGCUGUAUUGAGAGAAAAGUGUAAGAGAUGAUACCUUGGAGAAAAUGAUGGGCUUUUUUUUUAUGUUUAUGCCAUGCUUACUUCAGAUGUUGCAUACUGGCAUUUUUCUGAUAACAGGGUUAUUAUAUGAAUGUCGAGGGACGAGCUGGGUUUUGAAACCAUGCCCACUUCUUUUUGAGACAGAAGAGGAAUGUCAUGAGUUACCGUUCCAGUAAGGGCUGCCUCGCAGUGGAUUGCAUCCAGACACCCUGUAAUCUCAGCUCCUGAAUGCCUCAACAAACGAGAUUAACAAAAAAGGAGACUUCUUGCCUUUGUUGUCCAACCCUUCUGAAAAACAGCCUGCUCUCACGGUGCCUGGAAACCCGAGCAGUUGCAGCAGACGUUAUCAUAUUGCUUUUGUCAGAAUAGGUGAGAAUUGUCAGCAUUUGCUGUAUGCUGUGUACAUACGCAGAUAGUUCAUUGGCCCCCACAAAUAAUGGUGCAAAUCUCAAGUAAAUGUCCUUAUGUGUACUCUGGCUGCGUGUUUGUGUGUGAUCCUGUAUAGUUGAUGUGAGUGAACCUGUGCAGUGGCUCUGAGAUGGUAUGAUGAAUGCAUGCCUUAUUUGGUAACAGGUUGAGUAUCCACUCAUUUUGUACAAUUCUCUAGGUGCACCAUAUUUAGAUGUUCAAUAACAGAAAGUUAUUAAACUAUUUUGAUGAGCUAUAACUAAGUUUAUGUCUUCUGUGAUUCAGUUUUGCUUAGUAGUCUUGCCAAAAUGUAGGAUUAGGACUGUAGCACUUUAGUCCAGAGUAAACGAAAUAAAUAGUGCAAUACAAAUAUUGUAUUCACAUUUCACCAAAAUCAGUAACAGUGGAUUAAUGGAAACAGUAAAUGUGGUCAUUUUAAACUAAGUACAAUGCAGUUAUUUAAAGCCACUAGCUAAGCUUUUGUGUAGCUUUAAUUUGACCUGACAUUAAUACAGAUAACAUUAAAGCAUUUUUGAGAGAGAGUUUAUUCAGAAAUGUUUAAUCAUGAGACCAAGAGUUAGGCCAAAGUAAAUUCAUCCUAGGCACAGAUGCUUCAUUUGAGCUUGCUUGGUGUCACCUUUGGAGAAAAAAACAAAACUUUUUUUUUUUUUUAAAACUGUUAAUUUUCAGAGCAGCAGCUGUUUUGUCAAAAAUGAAGACUUCAAUAAAUUCUCUGAAAGUUCUCAAA